AUGAAAAACCAUGGACUAGGCGCUACCACCCGGGUUAUAGUCUUGGCAAUGGUGAUAUCAGUGAUAUUGCUACUUGUUAUAGUCGUUGUUCUUGUCCUGCUUCAUAUCUGUGUUGUAUUGAGGGAGUACAACAGAAGAAUCGAGAAUGUUAAUAUGGCAGAGAGAGAGAGCAACAGCAUGUCCCAGGAGGAUAUAGAAAAGCUUCCUUGCUUUGUUUUUCAAGCCAAAGAGAAGGGAAUUAGCAGUAGUCAAGUGGACUGUGCAAUUUGUUUGGAUAACUUCAAGGUGGGUGAUAAGUGCAGAAUGUUGCCACAAUGUAAUCACAGUUUUCAUGCUGAAUGCAUCGAUUCGUGGCUCUUGAAGUCCCUCUUUUGUCCAAUUUGCAGAACUAACACUGAUAUUCUGACGGACUGUUCAAUAUCCAUAGGAGAAAGCAGCGGAUGCCAUGAAAGUGGAAGGAAUGCUGCAACAAAUAUUCCAGGAGGGCCUAAUGAAAAUUUAGAAAUCCGAGGUUUAGACAAUGGAACAGUUUCUGGAGAUAGUCAAACGAGACAAGAAUUGGGUUGA